GUUCUGUGCCAGGACUUGGUGACCUUCUGAGGGCCCUAUAUAUGCGGCUGUCUUCUGUACCUCGAUGUAGUUUGCACUUAGAAGGCUUUACAAGCAGUUCUUGUGAAAUCUAUUCAUCGUCAAAAUGAAAUACGCCGUGUUCUUCCUCCUCUGCUGUGUGGCGCUGGCGGCCGCUGCCCCCCAGUUCAUCUACCCGGGUCUGGCUCCCUACGCCCCAUUGGGGCUGGCACCUAGGACCGUGGUGGCGGGUCCGACGGUGGUGAACGGCCUGACCCCAUUCGGCCUGGGAGGCCGCAUCGUGGCCCCCGGCUACAUCGGUACCACCUUCAUCUAAGCCGGCAUCUCCAUCGACAACACUCUUAACGGUCAUUUCUUACAAUUUAUUGUAAAGAUCCUCCGAUGGACAGUUAAGAGUGUUGUUUGUACUCGCGCUCAUUGGUUACCCUGUCCUUGUAAAUAUUCGCUUAUCAUCAAUUAAAGUGCUUCCCGUCUAUUUGUUGUUUUAAUGGUCAAGCUUUUUCCGUGGUUUUA